AUGGAAAAGCCCAUUCUGUCCUUACAUCCACCUUGGACCACAAUCUUUAAGGGGGAGCGAGUAAUCCUGAGAUGUGAUGGGUAUCAACCCUUGCUCUUGGAGCCUCGGCCAAUCAAUACAUUGUGGUAUCUGGGGCACCAACUACUGCCUUCACACAAGAAGACCAUUGAGGUGCAGACACCAGGGAUAUAUCGAUGCCAGACCCGAGGGGCUCCUGUCAGUGACCCAAUUCACCUCUCUAUGUCAAAUGAUUGGCUGAUCCUACAGGUUCCCUAUGCCAUGGUGUUCGAAGGUGAACCACUAGUGAUACGCUGCCGGGGAUGGUAUGAUAAAGUUAUCUACAAGCUUCACUACUACAAGGAUGGUCAUGUCAUGCGCUACUUUCACUCUAGUGCCAACUACACAAUACCCCAAGCACGGGCCAGUGAUAGUGGACAGUACCAAUGCUCAGGAACCCUGCGUAUUCCAGUGGAGAGCACCCCAAUGUUCUCUGCCAAGGUGGUAGUUACCAUCCAAGAACUGUUUGCGUCCCCGGUGCUGAAAGUGGUGCCCAAGCCUGACUCUCGCAGUGGGGGCGGGGUGACCCUUCACUGUGAAACACGCCUGCACCCCCAGAAGCGGGACACGCCGCUGCAGUUCUCUUUCUACAAGUACAGCCGCCCGGUGCGCCGCUUUGACUGGGGAUCUGAGUACACCGUCCCGGAGACGGAGACUGAGGACCUGGAGUCCUACUGGUGCGAAUCUGCCACCGUGACCCGCAGCGUGCGCAAACGCAGCCCUUGGCUGCAACUCGCCGGGAGGGGUUCGUUCUCCAGCACGUCGUCCAUCACAACCCGAGCUCCUCAGCCAGCUGCCAUGUCCAGGAACCCCGUUUCAAAGCCCCUCUCUUUCAGAAAGCCUCCGGAACCCAGACUGGUGCCCUCGGGCACCUCUACCCCCAACUCCACCUUGACCAGGGCUCUUGCCUCAGUGCCAAGCAUUCCCACUGCUGGGCCCACUGCCUGUAGUCCUCUAACUUCCUUGGAGCAAUCUGCUUCCCCUUCGAAGCCCAACAUGGACCUGCUGCUUCAGGAAAUGCAGCAGCUCAAAAGCCUUCUGAGACAAGUGAUGCUAGAGUUAAAGGAGCCACAUAAAGUUUUGGGGCUCAAGGGGAUACCAAAGACACCAGCCUUAGAUGUAGGGGUGAGCCUAGUCACUCCACAGAUCACAGGAAGGGACUAAGGCAGGGGACAGUCUCCUCUCCACUAUUCAAGCUGGCUAACUUUAGGUGGGGUUUGGGGUUGAGGUUUCAUAGCUAUUAGAAUAGAACUUGAAACUUUUCAAUGAAUUCGAGGGCCUGGCCAAUUAAAUUCCAGUUUCCUCCCAUUGCAUCUAUUUUCAAACUCAUCUUCUAUAAGGAAGCUAUCUGUCUUACCAUUUGGUCCCUAGGUUUUAAAUAGUCACCAAGUAGGGGUCAGCUAGGUGGCUCAGCCGAUUGAGAGUCAGGCCCACAGACAGGUUCUGGGUUCAAAUUUGAAUUUAGACACUUCCUAAUUGUGUGACCCUGUGCAAGUCACUUAACCCUCAUUGCCUAGGCCUUACUGCUCUUCUGCCAUGGAAACAAUACACAGUAUUGAUUCUAAGGUGGAAGUAAGGGUUAAAAAACAAUAACAAUCACUAAGUAGUCUUGGUUGUCACCUAUUCUUUAGGUUACUAUUUACCUACACAAGUAGUAAGAACUUUGCUACCACAAGUUUUCUGCUUCCAACCCUCCUUCUUUCCAUUCACCAUCCUUUCCCUAUUAUUCUCCUUCAAGCCUCCCCCCCCCAAAUUAACAAUGUAUAAAUUGCUUCAUCUAAAUUCAUAGUUUGGAGUGAAAUUCCAGCUUGUUUAAAUUCUUGGCUUUCUACCAUGUUUUGUUUCAAUCACACUUCAGUGGAGGUAAAUUUUAGCACUAGUGGACACUUUAGAACCCUCUGUUGCUAGCAACAAGUUAUAAUUACAUAGUGAAUUCACCCUUGUUAUUAUUAAAAAGAUUUUUCAGUUCUGCUGUUGAGUCUUGAAAUCUC